AUUUACAGAGGAAUUUUUUUUUUUUUUUUUGGGUAUAAGUAGAUGAUUCUUCUUUAGUGUAAAAAAAUUUCAAAACUCCAUUGGAUGCCCAAAAGGAAAAAAGAAAAAAAAAUCCAAACCAGUGUGAAAGAAGCAGAGAGAAUUUGAGGCGGAGGCAAGGCAAUUAGGCAAACUCAUCAUUAGAAUUAAUUAGAUUAUACCAUAUCUUUCUACACAAAUCUCAUUUUGGUCCCUUCAUUGAGUCCAGCAACAAAAUCAUCCAACAAACGCUGGAAGCAUAGCGAUAGAAAUAUAAAUACACAGAGCAUUUUUUUGGUCUCAAGUCGUCAUCAAUCAUCCACCUCCUCAGAUCCAAUUUGAACCAGAAAUCAACUACCCAACUCUUUUCUCUUCCUUUCUUUUCUUUUGACCUCACUUAACUUGAUUGAUUGUUAUUAGAUGAGAGAUUUAUUGGUAUUCAAUGAGACUGUGAAGUGGUUUGUGGAUUGCUUGGUUUGUUAAGUUGGUUUCUUGCUUCAACUUAGAAGAGCGUCAGCGAUAAAACCCAUGUCUGGAAGUUUGGCUCGACUGAUGGUUCGUAAUUGGUCUGGAAGCAGAUGUUCUAUGUCUGCUGUGGUGUGGAGCUUAGUGGGAUUUCUACUUUUCCUUCACUUGUACUCCCUUUUUAGCCACAAUGGUGGGAAAGAUGGAGAGAUCCAAUUCCAUUCGAGUCAUCAUCCUCUCAUCCGUGAACUUGAGCAGGUGGAGGAGGACAAUAUCCAAAUUCCUCCACCAAGGGGUAAAAGAUCUCCACGUGCUGCAAAACGAAGGCCUAAGAGGACGACCACACUGAUUGAUGAAUUUCUUGAUGAGAAUUCUCAACUUCGGCAUGUUUUCUUUCCUGGUAUGAAAAGCGCUAUAGAUCCAAUGAACGAUGCUGGGAACAAUAGCUUCUAUUAUUAUCCUGGGAGAAUUUGGUUGGAUACUGAGGGAAAUCCCAUUCAAGCUCAUGGAGGAGGAAUUUUGUAUGAUGAAAUGUCAAAGACCUACUAUUGGUAUGGAGAGUAUAAAGAUGGCCCUACUUACCAUGCCCACAAAAAAGGAGCAGCGCGGGUUGACAUCAUUGGAGUUGGUUGCUAUUCCUCCAAAGACCUUUGGACAUGGAAAAAUGAGGGGAUUGUAUUGGCAGCAGAAGAGACAAAUGAAACCCAUGCUCUCCACAAAUCUAACGUGCUCGAGAGGCCAAAAGUGAUUUACAAUGACAGGACAGGGAAGUAUGUGAUGUGGAUGCAUAUUGAUGAUGCCAACUACACCAAAGCUGCUGUUGGCAUUGCCAUUAGUGAUUCCCCGACUGGUCCUUUUGAUUACCUCUAUAGCAAAAGGCCUCAUGGAUUUGAAAGCAGAGAUAUGACUAUCUUUAAAGAUGAUGAUGGUGUGGCAUAUCUUAUAUACUCCUCUGAGGAUAACAGUGAGCUUCACAUUGGACCUCUUACAGAAGAUUAUCUUGAUGUCACACACGUUGUGAGAAGGAUUCUUGUUGGGCAACACAGGGAGGCUCCAGCACUAUUUAAGCAUCAGGGGACUUACUACAUGAUCACAUCAGGGUGCACUGGCUGGGCCCCAAAUGAGGCUCUGGCCCAUGCAGCUGAAUCAGUCAUGGGUCCAUGGGAAACUAUGGGAAAUCCAUGCAUUGGAGGCAACAAGAUGUUUCGGCUUACAACAUUUUUUGCGCAAAGCACAUUUGUAAUUCCUUUGGAAGGACUUCCAGGUUCAUUUAUUUUCAUGGCCGAUCGGUGGAAUCCAGCUGACUUGAGGGACUCAAGAUACGUGUGGCUACCUUUAAUAGUUGGAGGACCUGCUGACCGACCACUUGAGUUUAAUUUUGGAUUCCCAGUAUGGUCAAGAAUAUCAAUUUACUGGCAUAAAAAGUGGAGGCUUCCUUCUGUGUGGAGAGCAUAGAGGGUAGCAAUGACAGGAUUAGAAGGUUUAUGAAGAUGAAGGAGAAUCCUUUACCAUUAGAGAUUGUGACCAAACAUUUGGUCCAUUUACUGGUGAGAAUCUCUCUCUAACUAUCUCCCUCUCUCUCUCUCUCUCCACCAUGAAAAAGAUGAGAACCAAAUUUGUCAUGAUCAGAUCUUCCAUCCCAGGGUGAGUCGGUAGCCUUGGCGACUUCUUAUUUUGAUGCUGGCUAGGUUAUAUUACAUUCCUGAAAGUAGUUGUCUGAGCCAAUGUAAUCUUUUUCAGUCCAAUAUGGAGGACUGAAAUCCCAUGUUGAAUCUUACAAUAUGUAAGAACUAGCCUCUGACAAAAAAAAAAAAAAGUAGAAGGGGUUCAGGAAGGCAGAGAAAGGGGUUCCAAUUGCUCCGGCAUUUCUGCUGAACCAAUUUUUAUCAAUAAUGAUUUGUCGUGAUUGUUAAUUACUGCCGUACCUGUGGCAAACGCAGCAGAUAAACUAUGUCUAUUAACUGGACAGAAAACAACAGUACUAGAGAAAUUUCGAACGCUUUUUUGACA